GUGUAUGUAGGAAGUGUCUGUUCCUGACCUACUGGUUUCUAUUCCUCUGUAUAAAUCGUAUGGAUUAAUAUAGUUUUAUUCACUUUAUUACUCUCUCCGGCUGCUAAAUAAGUUGUGUCGCGAUUUAAUUUGCAUUUCUUCAGUUGCUGAAAAUCUGUCAAAGAAUUACUUUGAUUUUAUGUGAAAUAACUGCAAUAAUGGCAAACAUUUGUCAAAUUAAAAAAGUUGCAGAUUUAGUCUCAGAAGCUUGUCGUGUGUAUCGGGGCACAUUUGGUGAAGAUGCUAAUGUCGCGGUUUGCGCCCCAGGACGGGUGAAUUUAAUCGGAGAACACACAGAUUAUAAUGAAGGAUUUGUCCUCCCUAUGGCCUUGCCGAUGGUGACGGUCAUGGUGGGCAGUAAAACGUCUGGCCAGAAGUGCAGUGUUUUAACUCUGACUGAAGCUGCUGAUGAGCCCCGGCUGGUGGACUUUGAUCUCCCCAAUGAACUGACCCCUCUUUUAAGAGGGCAGCCAAACUGGGCCAAUUAUGUAAAGGGAGUUGUACAGCACUACAGAGCACAGCCCAUUCCUGGCUUUAGAGCUGUAAUAGCGAGUAGUGUGCCACUAGGAGGCGGACUGUCCAGCUCUGCCUCACUGGAAGUGGCUGUGUACACUUUUCUGCAGCAGUUGUGUCCAGAUGAUGGAGAUCAGAUAGCAAAGGCAGUGGCCUGUCAGCAGGCUGAACACACUCAUGCUGCGGUGCCCUGCGGCAUCAUGGACCAGUUUGUGUCUGUUUUGGGUAAAGAGGGCCACGCAUUGCUGAUUGACUGCAGAUCUUUGGAGGCCACUGCUGUCCCUUUAGCUGACCCUGGACUUGUAAUCUUGAUCACUAACUCAAAUGUUAGACAUUCGCUCACAGGCAGUGAGUAUCCCACCAGACGAAAACAAUGUGAGGAAGCAGCAGCCAUUUUGGGCAAGAAAAGUCUAAGAGAGGCUAAUUUGCAGGACUUGGAGGCUGCCAAGGAUAGAUUGGACGGUGUGACAUACAGACGGGCACGUCAUGUGAUUGAGGAGAUCGAACGCACAGCUCAAGCUGCUGAAGCACUGAAGCAAGGGGAUUACAAAGAGUUUGGGAGGCUGAUGGUGGAGAGCCACAAUUCUCUGAGGGAUAAUUACGAGGUCAGCUGUCCAGAGUUAGAUGAGCUGGUGUCUGCAGCGCUGGAGGUUGACGGAGUGUUUGGGAGUCGGAUGACAGGGGGAGGCUUCGGUGGAUGCACGGUUACUUUGCUUCAGGCUCAUGCCACGGAGAGCGCAGUGAAACACAUUCAGGAGAAAUACCAAGGAUCUCCCACUUUCUUUAUAACUACCCCAUCAGAAGGAGCUCGAGCUCUCAAUUUAUGAUUUAUUUCAGUACCAAAACUGAUUUUUUUUACUUGAAGUAUAAUUUAAAUUGACUGUCAUUUACAUUCAUAUCAUUAAUCAACACACUAAUCCAAAUAAAUUUUCUCUAAUCAAUGACAAA